AUGUUCCGCCAGUUUAUUAGCUCCCAGACUCGUCUUCUGAUCCCGACCCGUGCAUCAACACACCAUUACCCUCGAUUUCCCCUGCAAGCGAGCUCGUCGCUCCAACAACGGCUCGCACCUCGCCCUGCCACCCAAUCCCAACUUCACCACCUCUGCUCUGCGCAGAACCAAAAUUCCAAUGCAGGCUUGCCUCCCCCAUCUGGAGAAAAGCUGGCGUUUGAGAACCCAGAGGAGCCCAGGCUAUCGUUAACGUUCACUUGCACUGUAGCUAACUGUGGACACCGCUCGUCGCACACCUUUACUAAGCGGGCAUAUACCAAAGGGAUUGUCAUAGUUCAAUGUCCGGGCUGCAAAAAUCGACACCUUAUUGCAGAUAACCUCGACUGGUUCAAAGAUACUGCCGGUACCGGGAAAGACGGCCGACAGAAUAGGAAUAUCGAGGAUAUUAUGCGCGAAAAGGGGGAAAAGGUGCAGCGAGGUGAAAUCAGGGAGGGAGGAGCGCUUGAGUUUUGGGAAAACUAG